AUGGCUGAACUCUUUGGAACGGCUGCAGGCGUCCUCCAAGUGGCUGAAGUGGGCUUCAACCUGGCCACAACUUUGUACAAGUACGCUUCGACUGUGAAAGGCGCCGAGAGAGACAUCAAGCGUAUCGCACGAGAUGUCAAGCUCACCUCAAAGGUCCUGGAGCGAACACAUGAACAGUUGAAAGCAGACCAACAAGCACAACUGUGUACGGACGAUGCCCUUGUUGAUCUUGAGGAUGUCCUGGACGGAUGCCGCGAAGCAUUUCAGGAAGUUGACGACGCUCUCAACAAGUCCAUGAAGCCUUCCAGCGGGAAGCCUGUAAUAACGUUGGCCGAGAAACUCAAGUGGCCGCUGAAACAGGACAAACUGGAAGUCCUGCGUGCAAAUCUGGAGAAGUUGAAGACGACAUUACUGCUCAUGCUGAGUGUUUUCGCGUAUGGUAGCAAGGUGCAACAGACACAAGCCAAGAGAACCGACAUCAAGGUGGAGUUGAGCUUGGAGAAGCUUCAAAUCCAGAACUUGAUACAAGCCAAAGACGAGGCAACUAGCCGCUAUGAAGAGCUCAGUGCGGCCUUUACGAAACUGGAGAUGAGGAUCAACGACAGUGCGAAGAUGAUUCCACAAUCGUCCGGGUCGUCAACCGGGGCAGAAGCAAUAUCUAUGCUGGCAAAGCCAGGCUCAAGUUUAGUGAAUGCAAGAACAGUAACGCCAAAUGCUCUCAAAUCUGGCUCAACUGAGUCCAGCGCUGUUUCAACAAGGCUAAAGGAAUGUGCGUCAGCUGUAAACAAGUUGACGACGAGUAUUGAUGUCGCCACCAAGCGAUGGGAGUCUCAGCGGGUGUUGGAACACGACAACAUCUCUCAAUUACUCCGAGAUGCGGAAGUUCGCCAGAGAAGAAACUCGAUCGUCAGUAGUGUCCAGCAAGGCAUCCCGGAUGAGGAAUCGGCUUCCCAAACCCCAGCGCCGGAUGCCACCAUUCCGUUCUACACAACACCUCAGCGGCGCUCGUUCCUACCCAAACGACAACAGAUGGAGCAGGAAUCUACUCCCGAUCCCGCGAGGUCUAAGGCUAUCGCUCAACAGGACGAGUGGCUCAAGAUGAAAGAACGUGAAGCAGAAGAAUACGAGGAUCGUCUCUUUCGGGUCCAGAAGGAGAUAUGUGCUGAUGCUGACCCCGAUGGAUCAAAGCCUCUAUUUGCUUCGCUGAAAAAGAAGUCGGGCCAAGGAGUAGGCGCCUUGGCACCUGAUGCCUCCAUCCCUACUACGUCUGCAAGACCAAAGCCUGCUGCGUUGAAGCUCGAGACAACAACGACCGCUGAGUAUGUGUGGGACGAUUUUGCAGAUCGGCGUCACAGAGAACGUUGGGUCGAAGACACAUGGGACGGUCCUGAAUCGUGGACAGCCAAGCAAGGCUCGUCUGGUGCUUCAACCCCUAUCUAUGGGGUCGAUUACGGUAGUAGACGCAAUGCCGCCAGCCAAUCGUGGGACGUCGAGAACGUAGAGGACCUGACCAUUGAAGCUUUCGACCCUAGGGAAGACUGCGAUUUGGCUGAUGGAGUCAACGUGGAACUCGAGCGCGAAGAUGAAGACGACGACGGAGACUCUAACAUGGUCGAUAAUCUCCUGCGGAGGUGGACAAAGGUGUCAGCUGUUGCCUAG